UCACGUUGGUUGGGGGCCUUAGGGCUCAUCCGGUUUUGAAAACCAUGCGUGAACGUGAUUAGGGGGGCUCUUUCCGGUGACUUCAGAUGUGCUUGCUCCAGUAAGCUGGCUACAAAUACGAGAGAUGUUCCUCAUGAGCGGCUCUAGGGUUUUGUAGGGACUCCUUCCCAGUGGGGAUGUGCCCAUUUCUGAACAAUGGUCAUGUGCCCAAACAAGCACCCGGAUCCGUAUUACUGGGCUUUCGUUUCGUUUUGGACCUUUGGCGUCUGAUUUCCAGUCUUUCUCUGUUUCUGGCCUUGUGUUUGAAUGCUGCAAACGUGGACGGAUUUACAGCCAGUUACAGAAAGAAGCUCGGAGCGCGACAGCAAAUCGAACCUAUUCAAACUCGAAAGUUGAUACAGCAACAAAAUACGAUACUUCUUUGAUCCUACUUUCACUGUCUCACACACUACUUUGGAGCUUCCAGAUCUCUCUCUCUCUCUCUCUCUCGCUUUGAGAAGUGGGUGUUCAAACUUCAAGCAGAGGGGUUAAAGAAGAAAAACAAAAGAAGCAAAACAUGAGAAAUGGAAGAGUCUUUGAGGAGUUCUCACCCGGGUAUUACGGGGUAUGCGCCAUCGGAGGAAUGCUCAGUGCUGGGGCUACCCACCUCGCCGUUACUCCUCUGGAUGUCUUAAAAGUGAAUAUGCAGGUGAACCCAAUCAAGUACAAUAGCAUAUUUUCCGGUUUAAAUAUCCUCUUGAAGGAACAAGGCCCGUCUGCUCUUUGGAGAGGUUGGGCCGGCAAAUUCCUUGGCUAUGGCUUUCAAGGUGGCUGCAAAUUUGGUCUAUAUGAAUACUUCAAGAAUCUCUACUCCGAUCUGUUGGUAGGUCAGAAUAGGAGCCUCAUCUUCUUUAUGAGCAGCGCAUCUGCUCAAGCAUUUGCCGAUGUGGCUCUCUGCCCUUUCGAAGCCGUCAAAAUCCGUGUCCAAACACAGCCCAAUUUUGCAAAGGGCUUGGCGGAUGGAUUUCCAAAGCUAUAUUUAACUGAAGGCCUCUCUGGCUUCUACAAGGGGCUUGCUCCUCUUUGGGGUCGGAAUCUUCCAUUCUCUAUGGUAAUGUUUUCAACAUUUGAGCAUUCUGUGGAUCUAUUAUAUAGUCAUGUCAUUCAAAGAAGAAAGGAGGACUGCUCAAAAGCUCAGCAACUAGGGGUGACAUGUUUAGCUGGUUAUACAGCUGGUGCUGUUGGUACCUUUAUUUCUAAUCCUGCUGACAAUGUUGUGUCCUCUCUUUAUAACAGAAAGGCUGAUAGUGUGAUGCAGGCUGUGAAGAAUAUUGGGUUUGUCAAUUUGUUUACUAGAAGCCUGCCUAUUCGAAUUACACUUGCGGGGCCUGUUGUAACUUUGCAAUGGUUGUUCUACGACACCAUUAAAUUGUUGACUGGACUGCCAACAAGUGGAAGUGCUAACAACCAUUCACAAGAAGCAAACAGAUAGCUUAAACAGAAGUCUACACUUCUCUAUAUAGAUCAAUUGUGGUGCUUGUAUCUACUGGAGGAAAUUUAAGAUUCAAGCGGGGAACUGCUGGCUGUAGAAAUUUAAGCUUAAACAGAAGUCUACACUUUUCCUAAAUGCCUACAUUAAUAGCUGACAAAAAUAUCUGGUGCUAGUUUUUUUUGCUAUCUGAUAUUCUGUUUUUCUGGUUACUACCAAGGGCUAAGCCAAAUUUUGCUCAUAUUUAUGGGUUUGAUGAUUAUCUGAAUCUUCCAAUCAAGGGUGAUUUCUUUUAAUUGCCUUGUAUGUUGAAUUAUAUAUAUUGUAAAAAGACAAAAGUAUUCAUCGACAGCGAGAUUUCUGGUACUGAAGUAUACUGUACACUGUACAUACCUAAUUGCAUAAUAUUCAGAAGAAAAUUAUGUGUGAAGCUGAUUUUUCUGUAGUUA